AAGCUCUCAAGCAGGUUUCGCCUGUGACGGCACACCUGAAAGCAAAAUCCAUAACGGCGGCUGGAAGCUGACGACAGUCGAACGAGGCCAGGCUUGGAACGACAUCUUGCCAACAUUUAUUACAGUCUUUCGUUCAACACUGUUCUUUUCUGCUGUGAAAAUUCCAUUUGUUAGUGCCAUGUUGUUGCGCGCAUAACAGUCUGAUUGUUCAGUUCUUCAUUCAUCACGUUCGACGCCUCCGCCGAUACACCCUGAUACCCGAGCCGCAACAUAACCAUACCGUCCCAUUGACUGGGGCUCUCCACAAAAGACACUGCCCGCUCGUCCACGAUGUCUGAUCUUUAUCUCUCGCACGCCACUAGUUGGCUCCUGAGCUCGCCUCCCGCAGAAUGGGCUAUCAAAAACAUCCGCCAGCUUGUCAUUGGGGCCAUGCGCCAGGGCCCCAUCCCCCAACAUAUCGCUUUCGAGAUGGACGGCAACAGGCGAUAUGCCCGCAGCCACAAGAUCGAGACGGUCGCCGGCCACCACAUGGGGUUUGAAGCCUUGGCGCGCGUUCUCGAGAUAUGCUACAACUGUGGCGUUAAGGUCGUCACGGUCUACGCAUUCAGCAUCGAGAACUUCAACCGUCCUAAGUACGAGGUCGACGGCCUCAUGGCCAUGGCAAAGGUCAAGCUCGAACAGCUUCUGCAGCAUGGGGAGGUCCUGGAUCGCUACGGCGCUCGGGUUAUUAUCUCGGGCCAGCGGGACUUGAUUCCCGACGAUGUGCUUGCCUUUGUUGAUAAAGCUGUCAACUUGACCAAGAGCAACAAAGGUCACGUCCUAAACAUCUGCUUCCCCUACACGUCGAGGGAAGAGAUCACCCACGCGAUCCGCUCCACCGUGGUCGACUACACGAGCCCUCCGCGCUCAUCGGCAACGCAGUUCUCGCAGACACGCAUUAGGCAGAAGAUACUUUCCAAGCAUGCCGACAAGGGCGACGAUAUGGGAUCGUCGGCUCUGGGCUCCAUCCAGGAGGCGCCCGGGACGGCAGAGGACAUGGACGAUUCGGUGUCGUCCACGACCACGCUAAACCAGGACUCGCCUCCGCCCACAGCCCACCCUUCGGGCGAGCAUCAACAGCAACAUGUCGGAGGACCGAGCUUUAUGCCCUACCGUAACCCGGAGAGCAUCACGGCCGAGACCCUCACGGAACACAUGUAUACGGCCGACUGUCCGCCGCUGGACCUGUUCGUCCGCACUAGCGGGGUGGAGCGACUGAGCGACUUUAUGCUGUGGCAGUGUCACGAGGACACCCAGAUCUUCUUUCUGAAGUGUCUCUGGCCCGACUUUGACCUGUGGAACUUCCUGCCCGUCCUGGUUGAAUGGCAGUGGAGGCAGAAGCAGCGGGAGCGCGACGAGAAGCCUAAGGGGCAGCAUCUGAAGCAGCGGUGAGGAUAUUUGCGUCCAGAAAGCUAGGCGCUUAUCUGGAUGGUGAAGUUUGAGCCCGGGAGAUAUGGGUUAGGUUUUCGGGAUGUCAUGUAGCUUUUAUACCCAGUGUCUGGACUCGGUGUCUGAAAACGGAGUAUUAGGUCGACAUAGAGAACAAUAGUGAUACCAAGGUCGGACUGGACAAGACAGGCCAGUUCAUCCGGCGCAUACUAUGUUUUCCGAAGCGGAAAGCAAGCGAGCCUGGUAUGUUAUAGAUAGGCCAGUCCAUUUGUCGUUGCAGUUUUAUAGUAGAGCCCUAAUUUGCCCAUUAAUUUUGUUUGCUGA